AAGCAUUAUAAUGUGACAUUGGCGGGCAAACCGCUCAAACCUUCAGACCACCGGCGAGAGUUGCACUUAGGAACGUCAGUCCUCUCUGGCACCUCUUCACAAAGACGCGCCUGCUUCGUCUCCUGGUUCCUUAACACUCCACGUCUCCUCCUCUGAGUCAAGGAAGUAACGGCAAGGGCCACCACAAGCGACUUAUAAUACCCCAACUUCUCAACUGCCGCCAUGUUCGAGGCUCGCCUGGUCCAGGGAUCCAUCCUGAAGAAGGUGCUGGAAGCUCUGAAGGACUUGAUCACAGAAGCCUGCUGGGAUGUCAGCUCGUCCGGGAUCUCGCUGCAGAGCAUGGACUCGUCCCACGUCUCGCUGGUCCAGCUCACUCUGCGCAGCGACGGCUUUGACUCGUACAGAUGUGACAGAAACCUCGCCAUGGGGGUCAACUUGAGCAGCAUGUCAAAGAUCCUUAAGUGUGCAGGGAAUGAGGACAUCAUCACCCUCAGAGCAGAAGACAAUGCGGACACCCUGGCUCUGGUCUUUGAGACACUCAACCAGGAGAAAGUCUCUGACUAUGAGAUGAAGUUGAUGGACUUGGAUGUAGAGCAGCUUGGGAUUCCAGAGCAGGAGUACAGCUGCGUGGUGAAGAUGCCCUCAGCUGAGUUUGCUCGUAUCUGCAGAGAUCUCUCUCAGAUCGGUGACGCCGUCAUGAUCUCCUGCGCAAAGGAUGGCGUCAAGUUCUCUGCCACUGGUGAGCUGGGCACUGGAAACGUCAAGCUCUCCCAGACCAGCAACGUGGACAAGGAGGAGGAGGCGGUGACCAUUGAGAUGAAUGAGCCUGUUCAGUUGAUCUUCGCCCUCAACUACCUGAACUUCUUCACCAAGGCCACGCCUCUUUCUAAGACUGUCACCCUGAGCAUGUCAGCUGACAUCCCCCUCGUGGUGGAGUACAAGAUAGCAGACAUGGGACAUGUGAAGUAUUACCUGGCGCCCAAGAUUGACGAGGAGGCUUCUUAACUUGAACAGAGUCCUGCUAAAGUGAAGUGUCCAAACCGUGUCAAGUGCUGGUGUGAUCCUCUGUCGGACACAGUGACGGUCAGCGUGUCAGCAUGGCAGUGACCAGACUGUUGUUCAGUAAAGUCCCAGCUCUUGAUCACGCCUCUCCCGCUAGACUCUCUGUUUAUGGUGGAAAUCUGAUUCCCAUGUUCCGUUUUGUAGAUACACAUUUGUAAAUACUUGCUGUGGUACCCCACUGUCAACUCCCCCAUGUUUUUGUAUUCAUCGGUUCAGUCCAAAAUAAAUGAAAGGUUUUUCCUCA